AUGCCAGCUGAGCGUAAAAAGCCAGCAAGUAUGGAAGAAAAAGAAUCUUUACUAAACAGCAAGGAGAAAGACUGCAGUGAGAGGCGGCCAGUGAGCAGCAGGGAGAAACCAAAAGAGGAGAUCAAGCUUACCGCCAAGAAGGAGGUUAUUAAGGUCCCUGAAGAUAAGAAGAAGAAACUGGAAGAAGAUAAAAGAAAAAAAGAAGACAAGGAACGCAAGAAAAAAGAAGAAGAAAAGGUGAAGGCAGAGGAGGAAUUAAAGAAAAAAGAGGAAGAAGAAAAAAAGAAACAUGAAGAAGAGGAGAGAAAGAAGCAAGAAGAACAGGUGAAACGUCAGCAGGAAGAAGAGGCUGCCCAGUUGAAAGAGAAAGAGGAAUCCCUUCAGCUUCAUCAGGAAGCUUGGGAACGACAUCAGUUAAGGAAAGAACUUCGCAGCAAAAACCAAAAUGCUCCAGACAACCGACCAGAGGAAAAUUUCUUUAGCCGACUAGAUUCGAGUUUGAAGAAAAAUACCGCUUUUGUCAAGAAACUAAAAACUAUUACAGAACAACAGAGAGACUCCUUGUCCCAUGAUUUUAAUGGCCUAAAUUUAAGCAAAUACAUUGCAGAGGCUGUAGCUUCUAUUGUGGAAGCAAAGCUAAAAAUAUCCGACGUGAAUUGUGCUGUGCACUUGUGCUCGCUCUUUCACCAGCGCUAUGCUGACUUUGCCCCAUCACUUCUUCAAGUUUGGAAAAAACAUUUUGAAGCCAGGAAAGAAGAGAAAACACCUAACAUUACCAAGUUAAGAACUGAUUUGCGUUUCAUUGCAGAAUUGACAAUAGUUGGGAUUUUCACUGACAAGGAAGGUCUUUCCUUAAUCUAUGAACAGCUGAAAAAUAUUAUUAAUGCUGAUCGAGAAUCCCAUACUCAUGUUUCUGUGGUGAUUAGUUUUUGUCGACAUUGUGGAGAUGAUAUUGCUGGACUUGUACCAAGGAAAGUAAAGAGUGCUGCAGAGAAGUUUAAUUUGAGUUUUCCUCCUAGUGAGAUAAUUAGUCCAGAGAAACAGCAACCUUUCCAGAAUCUUUUAAAAGAAUACUUUACGUCUUUGACCAAACAUCUGAAAAGGGACCACAGGGAGCUACAGAAUACUGAGAGACAAAACAGGCGUAUUCUACAUUCUAAAGGGGAGUUAAGUGAAGAUAGACAUAAACAGUAUGAAGAAUUUGCUAUGUCUUAUCAAAAGCUAUUGGCAAAUUCUCAAUCCUUAGCAGACCUUUUGGAUGAAAAUAUGCCAGAUCUUCCUCAAGAUAAACCAACACCAGAAGAGCAUGGGCCUGGAAUUGAUAUAUUUACACCUGGUAAACCUGGAGAAUAUGACUUAGAAGGUGGUAUAUGGGAAGAUGAAGAUGCUCGGAAUUUUUACGAGAACCUCAUUGAUUUGAAAGCUUUUGUUCCAGCCAUCUUGUUUAAAGAUAAUGAAAAAAGUUGUCAGAAUAAAGAGUCCAGCAAAGAUGAUUCCAAAGAAACAAAGGAACCUAAGGAUAAUAAAGAGGUAUCAAGUCCUGAUGAUUUGGAGCUUGAGUUGGAGAACCUGGAAAUUAAUGAUGACACAUUGGAGCUAGAGGGUGGAGAUGAAGCUGAAGAUCUUACAAAGAAACUUCUUGAUGAGCAAGAACAAGAGGAUGAAGAAGCCAGCACUGGAUCUCAUCUCAAGCUCAUAGUAGAUGCUUUCCUCCAGCAAUUACCCAACUGUGUCAACCGUGAUCUGAUAGACAAGGCAGCGAUGGACUUUUGCAUGAACAUGAACACGAAAGCAAAUAGGAAGAAGUUGGUACGGGCGCUCUUUAUAGUUCCCAGACAAAGGUUGGAUUUGCUACCAUUUUAUGCAAGAUUGGUUGCUACAUUGCAUCCCUGCAUGUCUGAUGUAGCAGAGGAUCUUUGUUCCAUGCUGAGGGGGGAUUUCAGAUUUCAUGUACGAAAAAAGGACCAGAUCAAUAUUGAAACAAAGAACAAAACUGUUCGUUUUAUUGGAGAACUCACUAAGUUUAAGAUGUUUACAAAAAAUGAUACACUGCAUUGUUUAAAGAUGCUUCUAUCAGACUUUUCCCAUCACCAUAUUGAAAUGGCAUGUACCCUACUGGAAACAUGUGGAAGAUUUCUUUUCAGAUCUCCAGAAUCUCACCUGAGGACCAGUGUACUUUUGGAACAAAUGAUGAGAAAGAAACAAGCGAUGCAUCUCGAUGCUAGAUAUGUCACAAUGGUGGAGAAUGCAUAUUACUACUGCAACCCACCUCCAGCUGAAAAAACAGUGAAAAAGAAACGUCCUCCUCUUCAAGAAUAUGUCCGGAAGCUUUUGUACAAAGAUCUCUCCAAGGUUACCACUGAGAAGGUUUUGAGACAGAUGAGAAAGUUGCCUUGGCAGGAUCAAGAAGUGAAAGACUAUGUGAUUUGUUGUAUGAUAAACAUCUGGAACGUGAAAUACAACAGCAUUCACUGUGUAGCCAACCUCUUAGCAGGACUAGUGCUCUACCAGGAAGAUGUUGGAAUCCAUGUUGUGGAUGGAGUUUUAGAAGAUAUUCGAUUAGGAAUGGAGGUUAAUCAACCUAAAUUUAAUCAGAGACGUAUCAGCAGUGCCAAGUUCUUAGGGGAACUUUAUAAUUACAGAAUGGUGGAAUCAGCUGUUAUUUUUAGAACUCUUUAUUCUUUUACUUCAUUUGGUGUUAACUCUGAUGGCUCUCCAAGUUCACUGGACCCUCCUGAGCACCUUUUCAGGAUUAGACUGGUGUGCACUAUUUUGGAUACCUGUGGCCAGUACUUUGACAGAGGUUCCAGUAAACGAAAACUCGAUUGCUUCCUUGUGUAUUUUCAGCGUUAUGUUUGGUGGAAGAAAAGUUUGGAGGUUUGGACAAAAGACCAUCCAUUUCCUAUUGACAUAGAUUACAUGAUCAGUGACACACUAGAACUGCUAAGACCAAAGAUCAAACUCUGUAAUUCUCUGGAAGAAUCCAUCAGGCAGGUACACGACUUGGAACGAGAAUUCUUAAUAAAACUAGGCCUAGUAAAUGACAAAGACUCUAAAGAUUCUAUGACAGAAGGAGAAAAUCUUGAAGAAGAUGAAGAAGAAGAAGAAGGAGGAGCUGAAACAGAGGAACAAUCUGGAAAUGAAAGUGAAGUGAAUGAGCCAGAGGAAGAGGAGGGUUCUGAUAAUGAUGAUGAUGAAGGAGAGGAGGAAGAGGAAGAGAAUACAGAUUAUCUCACGGAUUCAAAUAAAGAGAAUGAAACUGAUGAAGAAAAUACUGAGGUAAUGAUUAAAGGAGGUGGACUGAAACAUGUACCUUGUGUAGAAGAUGAGGACUUCAUUCAAGCUCUGGAUAAAAUGAUGCUCGAAAACCUUCAGCAACGAAGUGGCGAAUCUGUUAAAGUGCACCAGCUUGAUGUUGCCAUUCCCUUGCACCUCAAAAGCCAGCUAAGGAAAGGACCCCCACUUGGUGGUGGGGAGGGAGAGACAGAGUCUGCAGACACAAUGCCGUUUGUCAUGUUAACCAGAAAAGGCAAUAAGCAACAGUUUAAGAUCCUUAAUGUACCCAUGUCUUCCCAACUUGCUGCAAAUCAUUGGAACCAGCAACAAGCAGAACAAGAAGAGAGGAUGAGAAUGAAAAAACUCACACUAGAUAUCAAUGAACGGCAAGAACAAGAAGAUUAUCAAGAGAUGCUGCAAUCUCUUGCCCAACGCCCAGCUCCAGCAAACACCAAUCGGGAGCGGCGGCCUCGUUACCAACACCCAAAGGGAGCGCCUAAUGCGGAUCUAAUCUUUAAGACUGGUGGGAGUGAGGGGAUGCUGGUCCCGUGUGGGCUGACCCCUCCAAGCACAGACACUGCCAAGGGGAAGAGCGGCUGCUGCAACCUCUACCGUCUCCAGGUCUGCUUCUCCCAGAGACCCUCUCCUGAAAUAGAUGUCUGUGACUCCUUGUCCUUCCAUAGGGGUGGGUUGAAAGACUCUGAGGUUUCAGAGCGUUUUGAUUCGGGACCGUCUAGCGGUUUGGCCUGCUCCUUCCACACCCGGCGCUCACUGGCGGUGGGGGAGCCUCAGCCUGGGUCCUGUGCUGCCUCCUGGCUCUGUCCCCUGAGGAGGGCCAGCCACCCCCUGGCUCCAGAUGGGGAGAAAAUGAGAGCCCAGGAGGGCUUGGGAGCGAAUCUCUCACCUGAGUGCCUUAAGUGCAUGGAGCUGGUGAGAGAGAAGAAGGUGCUUCUGGCGGAGGAGGGCCAGCAGGAGAGCUGCCCGCGGUCCGUGGUCAGUGAGCAGGAGAUGCAGGGGCCUCUCUUCUCUGCGGGGCCAAGCAGGGCUCCGGCUUUCCCAGGCCACAGCCGCUGA